ACAACAGCCACGUUCACAGUUGUGGCGCUGUGCUGCCAUCCAUACCGGGGAGGGAAUCGUCAGGGCAGAGCGCCAAGCCAUUAUCAAUACUGAGGAAUUUAGUUUUGAUUAUUGUUAAUGUGGCAUUUACAUCAUACCUGUGACUGACAACAGCAGCGGACUGUGCUCUCGCUUGGGCUUGCUUCUCAGUCUAGUGCUACUGAAAUAGUUUAAGACUUGAUUAAUGUAAUUUGGAGAGGUGAUUACUGUACAUACAACUGCAAGUGUAGAUGACUUCUCAACAUACAUACAAUACUAACUUUGAUUACACAAACAGGACUAGACAAAUGGAGAGAUCAAGACCAAAGAAUUGUGUCUUGCACUGCUUUGCAGUGGGAGCAUAACGUCAAAAUAUAUCACUGGACCAAAGACAAAAGUGUCAAACCAAGAUGGUAUAAAGUUAGGAGCAUGGUCAUGCGGCGUUGGUGUCGACUGAUUCGGGGAAUAGCCCUGGGGAUUUUGGCAGUAGCUGUGGUAAUGAUACUGUUAAAAGAACUAUGGCCUACAUAUGAUCCAAGACCUCCCACAACAAUACACCUGAGAAAUGCAUCAACUUUCUUAAACAGCUUGCAUCACAUGUCACUGGACCCAGUUAAAGUAAGAGAGAAGUGUAAAAGAAACGAGGUCGACGUGCUGCUUAUUGUACCAUCUUCUGUAGCUAAUCUAAAAGCAAGACAAGCAGUGCGUAGAAGCUGGGGUGCCCACUUGCCUUCUUCAUGGCAAUUAAUUUUCUAUAUUGGAGAAACAGCAGACAGUUUACUGCAGGACCAAGUGAGAGCAGAAGCAGAGAAGCAUGGAGACAUUGCUCAGGACUUGAGCUUCUAUGAUUCUUAUUCAAACCUCACUCUUAAAACACUUAGUCUUCUUAGUUGGACGCAAAGCUUCUGCAUGAAUGCCAGUUUCAUUCUCAAAAUUGAUGAUGAUAUUUUUCUUAAUGUGCAAAGACUAUACAGCUUAACAGUGUGUGUUAACGAGGCACGGAAAUAUAUGUAUAGUGAAAAAAAGAAAGACAACUCAUCCAGUUCUGAUGCACAGGAAAAAGUUACUCCAGCCCUGACCUUCUUGAAAACUUUCCCAAAGAACUUGUGUGAUGCCUUUACACCAUACCAAUACAUUAGUUAUUUUAUCAACUCUCAAACUCAUGAAUAUGAGUCUUAUUUAUUUGGAGGAUACUUAUAUAACAGGGUGAAAGCAGACAGAGACCCAUACUCAAAGUGGUACUUGGAUCCCAAGAUUUAUCCCAAUGAAUUUUUGCCACCUUUCUUGUCUGGCACUUCUUACAUAAUGACUUCAAACAUCAUCCGUCAUCUAAUAGAAGCAGCAAAAUUCAUACCCCUAAUAGAGUUGGAAGAUGUUUAUAUUUCUGGUCUUGUAGGCAACAAUGGAUUAAAAAUGAGAUUGAGUCACUUGGAUGGUUGGAAUGCCUUCCGUCCAAGAUGGGACAGCCCAUGCACUUAUCGUAAGCUCUUCACUUCACAUGGUCUCUCUCCUUCUGAGAUGUUGUCUAUAACCCAAGCACUUCAUAAUUUGAACCAUGGUGCCUGUGAUCAUUUUCUGGUUUAUAUUACUAAUGCUUUUGAUUCUAUAAUCUCUUAUAUUUUUCCUAGGCUACCAAGUAAAGAUAAUUAAUACUGUACACUAUACUGAACCCUCAAAGUGUGGCUAUCAUCAAAAUUGCCACCUUAACCAAAAAAAAAAUUAUCUCUUCCUUAUCUAAUACUAAAUGUGCAUUUCAUAUUACGAAAAAAGGACAUUUUUAUGCCUACCCAUAUUUUUUUUCCUGGGCAAUAGUGAACACUCCUAGUAUUAAUCAGUAUCACAUUGUAAUGGGAGCCAGGACCAAUAUUAUAUAUAUAUAUUUCAUCCCCCCCCUUGUUUUCUUAUAAUAUAAUGGAAAGCUUUAACAUUCUAUAUGAUUAGAAUUUUUAUAAUUUUUAGUUAACACUAACAUAGAAAUUUGAUCAAACCUAACCUAAUUAAGUCAGCAAUUCACAUGGUUUAUUCUAAUUAUUAUUAUUAUAUUAAUAAAUUUGGAAAGAAAUAUUUGAAAAUAACAAAAAAUCACUGCCUGUUAGGCAAAUUGGGCCUUGCCUACAUAGUGCAGUUAUGGCUGUCAGGUAUGACGCUAUUAUAUAUAUACAGCCCUCCGCCUUGGUGCUCCAAUUCACACUGAAUACAAGUGUACAGUACUUGCAACAGGGUGGAAGCAGACCAAUAUGGACUGCACGAGUUGCACUGCAGAAAAUCCAAGGACUGGCAUGCAAGACACAACAAGGUCAAUGACAUCAUCAAGAGGAGCCUUGCCUCAGCUCAGUGCCCAGCAGAGAGAGAACCUCGCAUCCUAGGGGACCAAAACCCAGAUGACCCUCUGCACUUUGCCUAGAUGGCAUCACAAUAUACCCCUGGAAGAGGGGCAGACAGCUGGUGUGGGAUUACACAUGUAUAUCCACCCCUGGUUGAUGCCUACAUAAGCACUUUGGUGAUCAAGCAGGUGGGGCGGCCAACCACAGGGAAACAGCAAAAUCAAUCAAGUACAGGUGACUGGAAGGUCAAUACAGCUUUGUUCCCAUAGCAUCUGAGAUGCCCCUGGGUAGGAGUGCCUUGG